CCCUAAUCUUUCUGGGUGACUCUGGACACUCUACUAGAGUAAUAUGAAUAUGGCAGCCCCUCGGAAGCCAUGCAAUCAUUUCUUCUCUUCAGAAGGACAGCACACUUUCUUUGGAGGGCCCAGGACAAUGCAGUGGAAAGUGCUUUGGCUUGGAGGCAGAAGUCCCAGAGGCAGUACUUCUCAGCUGUCACCUCUGACAAGCUUCUCCAGCGUUUCUUCUGUUAAAAUGAGCCCCCAAAAUGCCUACGACCCGGUUGCGAUCGAGUGGCCGACGCCCCCAGUGGGAGUGAGGCCCAGCACGCGAGCUCGGUCCCUCUUCCUGGAGCCAGGUGGGUGCGCGCUUUCAGGCUCACCCGGCGGCGCAAGCGGGAGAAGCCAGGUGCCCUCAAUAAACAUGGCCGCCGCGCCAGCGUCAACCCGGCUCGGAAGGCCGCGCUGCCGCUUGGGAAUCGCAGGUUUGGCGUCACCCGGCCCGGAACCACGUGAUGCAGGAGGUGCCCGAGGCGGCGGGGCUCGCGCGGGUGGAGCCGCCUCGGCGUUCGAGCGGGGUGGGGGCUGCCCGGUUGAGAUUUCCCGGCGGGUCCCGGCCUCUGCGUGCACGCGCCUGCGUGCUCGCGCUCGCGGUUCUGGCGCUGCCGGAAAGGAAUAAUGCUGACAGCAUGUCUGCACAUUCCAUGCUCUGUGAACGAAUCACCAUAGCCAAGGAACUGAUCAAGAGAGCAGAAUCACUUUCUAGAUCAAGAAAAGGUGGCAUAGAAGGUGGUGCAAAGCUGUGCAGCAAAUUGAAGGCAGAAUUAAAAUUCUUGCAGAAAGUAGAAGCUGGGAAAGUAGCUAUUAAAGAGUCUCAUUUACAGAGCACUAACCUAACACACCUGAGAGCCAUUGUGGAAUCAGCAGAAAACCUGGAAGAAGUUGUUAGUGUUCUUCAUGUCUUUGGUUAUACAGAUACCUUAGGAGAAAAGCAAACCCUUGUGGUAGAUGUAGUUGCAAAUGGUGGUCAUACUUGGGUGAAAGCCAUUGGCCGGAAGGCUGAAGCUCUUCAUAACAUCUGGCUGGGCAGGGGCCAAUAUGGUGACAAAAGCAUCAUUGAGCAGGCUGAAGACUUCCUCCAGGCCAGUCACCAGCAGCCAGUGCAGUAUAGCAACCCUCACAUCAUCUUUGCAUUUUACAACAGUGUCUCCAGCCCCAUGGCAGAGAAGCUGAAAGAAAUGGGCAUAUCUGUGAGAGGAGACAUAGUAGCAGUCAACGCUCUGUUAGAUCACCCUGAAGAGCUUCAACCAAGUGAGAGUGAAUCAGAUGAUGAGGGCCCUGAACUUUUGCAGGUGACCAGAGUCGACCGAGAAAAUAUACUAGCAAGUGUUGCGUUUCCAACAGAAAUUAAGGUCGAUGUGUGCAAAAGAGUAAAUCUGGACAUUACUACUUUAAUCACAUAUGUAUCUGCCCUCAGCUAUGGAGGCUGCCACUUUAUUUUCAAAGAGAAAGUGCUCACAGAACAAGCAGAGCAAGAGAGGCAAGAGCAGGUUCUACCUCAGCUGGAGGCCUUUAUGAAGGACAAGGAGUUGUUUGCUUGUGAAUCUGCUGUCAAGGACUUUCAGUCUAUUUUAGAUACCUUAGGAGGACCUGGGGAGAGAGAGAGGGCCACUGUGUUAAUUAAGCGAAUUAAUGUGGUACCAGACCAGCCUUCUGAGCGUGCCUUGAGACUAGUGGCCAGUUCAAAGAUUAAUAGCCGCUCAUUAACAAUUUUUGGGACAGGAGACACCCUAAAAGCCAUCACAAUGACUGCUAAUAGUGGUUUUGUCAGAGCUGCAAACAACCAGGGUGUUAAAUUUAGUGUGUUUAUCCAUCAGCCCAGAGCACUUACUGAGAGUAAAGAGGCUCUAGCCACCCCCUUACCAAAAGACUACACAACUGACAGUGAACACUAAAGAUACCCUUUAAAUAUUUUUGUGGAAGUAAGUUAUUUAUACCAAAGGCUGGGUCUUCCCAUCUAAACUGGUGGGAAAAAAGGUCUAUAGUAAAAGUAAAACUGAGAACUCUUAAACCAGUAGAGUUUCUUUGUCUCUCAUCUAAAGUAUAUAACCUCCCAAAGUAGAAAAAGCACAAGAGAGAAGCUUAUCUAUCAAACUGUCUGCAUUAGUGCAAUUAAGAACCGAAAUACGUCUAUAUAAAGCUUUCAGCUGUAUUGUAAUACUUUGAUUCGAUAGGGCUACAACUCCCCUACUGCUAACCACGUUUCAUGGAAUAUGGCUACAUUGCAUCUUGCAUUAAAUAUCUGGAGAAAAUUCAA